GUGAAUACUGGUCUGGGAUUAAAUAAGACGGUAAGAAUAUUCCCGCCUCUUUUUUUUGCUCUACAGAUUAACACAUUGAUUAUAAGAAAUAAUUGUGAAUAUAAAAUAUGCAAAAGCCUGAAUAUAUUGCAGUUAAUGUGGGAAAGAAGAAGCAAAAAGUAAUUGAUAAAUCAACAAUAAGCCAAGACUCACCACCGGCAUUAAAGGAAUACAUUACCAAUUCAUUUAAACAUUGCUCAGCAGAAAAACACCCAUUACUCAGACAACAAUUAAAAGUAAUCAUUCAACAAGCACGAAACACGGGAAUGAUUGAUCUUAUUGAUUGGAGCGAACGUGAUCUGCCAAGUGCUUGUGACAAUAGAAAAAAUCCAAACGCAUCCUCUCUUCCGCAUAAAACGGGAAAGAAGAUAACAAAGGGAAUAGGCAACAUAGAACUAACCCCUGCUGAAAUAUUACGAAGAGAGCAAAGAGCUAUGCGUUUUCAGAGUGAUCCUGUCUUAGCUAGCAAUAAUAACAGUCCACGGUUAAAAAAGAAAAAUAUCACACCUAUCGUCUGGGACCUUGAUUCACCAGGACAACCUUCGACAAAACCCAUUGUGGGCACAAGCACAGCUUUAGAGAAACCUUAUCUUCGUUUAACUUCAGCGCCUGAUCCCGCAACUGUACGCCCGCUUGAUAUCUUGCAAAAGACGUUUAAACUUUUAAGAAAGAAAUGGAAAAAGGAAGCAAACUAUUCUUAUAUCUGUGAACAAUUCAAAUCUAUGAGACAAGACUUGACUGUUCAAAGAAUACAAAACGAGUUCACGGUUAGAGUAUAUGAGACACAUGCACGUAUCGCGCUUGAAAAGGGUGAUAUUGGUGAAUAUAACCAGUGCCAGACUCAGUUAAAAUAUCUAUAUGAACAAGGCAUUCAAGGAUGUGAGGAUGAGUUUUUAGCUUAUAGAAUAUUAUAUAUGUUGUUCUCUCGUAAUCAAUCAGAUUUGAAUGCUAUGCUGGAGGAUAUGUGUGAAAUAGGACUUGAUAACCAAGCAGAAUGUGUUCAACAUGCUCUUAUGACACGAUCUUGUUUAGCAAAAGGAAAUUACUUUAGAUUUUUUAGACUCUAUGAAAAUGCACCUAAUAUGGGAGGAUAUUUGAUGGAUCAAUUUGUAAAUAGAGCACGGAUAGAUGCAUUGGUUGUUUUAUGUAAAGCACAUAAGAUGGGUAUCUCGCUUUCAUACAUUGCUAAGCAAUUAUCAUUUGAUAAGGUCAAGCAAUUAAUUAAAUUCUUGAAUGAAAAUGAAAUAUACCCAACAUCCAUGAUGCUUGAUACAAAGGUCGCUUUACCCAUUCUGCAAUCAAAGAGCAAAUCAUUCAUGAUCUCUAUAAGUCAGACACGUUCAUAAGAUAGAAAAAAGGUUAAUAGUGUCAUCUCUUUAAAUAAAUGCUAUUUUUGGUUUAAUAAAUAUCCGCCCGGAUCCGUUCAAUCCGUUUGGAGGUGAGUGCUAAGAAAAAACCCCUUAUGGGGACAAGGAUAAAGAAUGUAAAAGGAAAGUAAAGAGUGGAGUUAUCGACAGAAAACUAAAGGAAUUGAUUGAACCAUACAAGGAGCUUUUGACCAUGGGGAUGCUUAAUAGGGGUCGCCAUUUUUACUUCACCUCAGCUCUCCACAUCCACUUUCUCUUUUCCAUUGUUACUUGUUCAUUUAAUGCCCACAAUAACUAGGGAGCAAGCAAAUUUG